UCCAGAUCGACACUACAACAUGAGCACAUGUGUUGUGACCCGCGUGUGCUUGUUGCUGAUGAUGAGAGACUCGACUCGGUGCCAGAAUGUUCACCGCGGUGAGUUAGUUGGAGGAGGAACGUGACACAGGAAAGCGACCAAGGGCCCAUCGGCGAUAAACCAGAUGGCAUCAACUGACGAUAGCAAGUGGCCGCCUUGGCAGCUGACGGCCCCUCAUGUGGUGCUGCCUCGAGAACCCGACGCGCUUUCCAGUUUCAGGUGGACCAUGGAUGAACCAGUCAGACUCGAUUGUCAACGCUGUUCUUGGCCAUCGGGGGCAGGGAACAUGGCGCCAAUGAAGCCUCAUGAGGCCCAACACCAGCGUGGGAUGGUCGCCGGCUGCCGUCCCUUACAAAUACUAUAUCCUGCUUUCCUGGCCAUCUUCUUCUCUUGUGUUGGAGGUUUUCCGGCUGAUGGCUCUGCAUUUUCGCAGUCCUUGAAUCAUCUGGUCGUCCGUCUCAAAGUCGAGAUAGACGAUGUGACAGGCGGGGGGCAUGGGCUGAGAGGCACUGCACUAACAUGGCAGCACCGCCCUCUUCGGGGAGUUGUGCUAGCUAGGCACCAGCCUCAGCUCACUUACUAUCUGUUGGACUGGUCAGGUCGGGUCGUCUCUUCUUCGUCGCGUUUCGAUUGAUGACUCUCUCCCCCCCUCUCUUACACUUUCCCCUCUUCUCUCUCGCCCUGUUCUGAGCUUCUCUGACCCCUGGCGCACACAUCUUGUCUGACAUUGCAAAGAAAACGGCCCGGAGCUCUUGUUCUUCCAUCUUGUUCGGCGAGGCUGAGACUAAGGUGUCCCAUCAGGAGGCUUGCUCUUCCACCUGCCCUCGUCUCGUCCGUUCAUCUGACAACCUAUUGAUGGUCAUUCUGCAACAAUAGCAAUUAUGGCUCCUUGAACACGACAAUAACUUGUUUUUG